UCAAAGCCAACCCGGGCCAGCGCAGGGAUCUCCGAGUUGGGAGUGUGCUGAGGCUGGGACUGUCACUCAUUCUCCGCUCAGCGCGUGAACGCAGCUCGGCAGUGGCUGGCAAGAAACAAUUCUGCAAAAAUAAUCAUACCCAGCCUGGCAAUUGUCUGCUCCUCGGUCCAUUGCUCCGCCGCCGUCCACAGUCGCUUGCAAGGGGAAGGCACUGAAUUUACCGCGGCCAGAACAUCCCUCCCAGCCGGCAGUUUACAAUGCUGCGAACUAAGGAUCUCAUCUGGACUUUGUUUUUCCUGGGAACUGCAGUUUCCCUGCAGGUAGAUAUUGUUCCCAGCCAAGGAGAAAUCAGCGUUGGAGAGUCCAAAUUCUUCCUGUGUCAAGUGGCAGGAGAUGCCAAAGAUAAGGACAUCUCCUGGUUCUCCCCCAAUGGGGAGAAGCUGAGCCCAAACCAGCAGCGGAUCUCAGUGGUGUGGAAUGAUGACGACUCCUCUACCCUCACCAUCUACAAUGCCAACAUCGACGAUGCCGGCAUUUACAAGUGUGUGGUCACUGCUGAGGAUGGCACCCAGUCUGAGGCCACUGUCAACGUGAAGAUCUUCCAGAAGCUCAUGUUCAAGAAUGCACCAACGCCACAGGAGUUUAAGGAAGGGGAGGAUGCUGUGAUUGUCUGUGAUGUGGUCAGCUCCCUGCCCCCAACCAUCAUCUGGAAGCAUAAAGGCCGAGAUGUCAUUCUGAAAAAAGACGUCCGGUUCAUAGUCCUGUCCAACAACUACCUGCAGAUCCGGGGCAUCAAGAAAACAGAUGAGGGCACUUACCGCUGUGAGGGCAGGAUCCUGGCCCGCGGGGAGAUCAACUUCAAGGACAUUCAGGUCAUUGUGAAUGUACCACCCACUGUCCAGGCCAGACAGAGCAUCGUGAAUGCCACUGCCAACCUGGGCCAGUCUGUCACCCUGGUGUGUGAUGCCGAUGGCUUCCCAGAGCCCACCAUGAGCUGGACAAAGGAUGGGGAACCCAUAGAGAAUGAGGAGGAAGAUGAUGAGAAGCACAUCUUCAGUGAUGACAGCUCUGAGCUGACCAUCAGGAAUGUGGAUAAAAACGACGAGGCUGAAUACGUCUGCAUCGCAGAGAACAAGGCUGGCGAGCAGGAUGCCUCCAUCCACCUCAAGGUCUUUGCAAAGCCCAAAAUCACCUAUGUAGAGAAUCAGACGGCCAUGGAACUAGAGGAGCAAGUCACUCUGACCUGUGAAGCCUCCGGAGACCCCAUCCCCUCCAUCACCUGGAGAACAUCCACCCGGAACAUCAGCAGUGAAGAAAAGGCAUCGUGGACUCGACCAGAGAAGCAAGAGACUAUGGAUGGGCACAUGGUGGUUCGCAGCCAUGCCCGUGUGUCCUCCCUGACCCUGAAGAGCAUCCAGUACACAGAUGCUGGAGAAUACAUCUGCACUGCCAGCAACACCAUCGGCCAGGAUUCCCAGUCCAUGUACCUCGAAGUUCAAUAUGCUCCCAAGCUCCAGGGCCCUGUGGCUGUGUACACUUGGGAAGGGAACCAGGUGAACAUCACCUGUGAGGUCUUCGCCUACCCAAGUGCCACAAUCUCCUGGUUCCGAGAUGGUCAGUUGCUGCCAAGCUCCAACUACAGCAAUAUCAAGAUCUACAACACCCCAUCUGCUAGCUAUCUAGAGGUGACCCCUGAUUCAGAAAAUGACUUUGGAAACUACAACUGUACAGCAGUGAACCGUAUUGGACAGGAGUCCUUGGAAUUCAUCCUUGUUCAAGCAGACACACCGUCUUCUCCAUCCAUUGAUCGGGUGGAACCAUACUCCAGCACAGCACAGGUGCAGUUUGAUGAGCCAGAGGCCACGGGUGGCGUGCCCAUUCUCAAGUACAAGGCUGAGUGGAAGUCGCUGGGCGAAGAAUCCUGGCAUUUCAAGUGGUAUGAUGCCAAAGAAGCCAACAUGGAAGGCAUUGUCACCAUCAUGGGCCUGAAACCUGAGACAAGGUACUCGGUACGACUGGCGGCCCUCAAUGGCAAGGGGCUGGGCGAGAUCAGUGCAGCCACUGAGUUCAAGACACAGCCAGUCCAUAGCCCUCCUCCACAAGGGGAACCCAGUGCACCCAAGCUGGAAGGGCAGAUGGGAGAGGACGGGAACUCCAUCAAGGUGAACCUGAUCAAGCAGGAUGACGGAGGCUCCCCCAUCAGACACUAUCUGGUCAAGUACAGAGCGAAGCUUGCCUCUGAGUGGAAACCGGAAAUCAGGCUCCCAUCCGGCAGUGACCACGUCAUGCUCAAGUCCCUGGACUGGAACGCAGAGUAUGAAGUCUAUGUGGUAGCUGAGAACCAGCAAGGAAAAUCAAAGGCAGCUCACUUUGUGUUCAGGACCUCAGCCCAGCCCACGGCCAUCCCAGCCAAUGGCAGCCCCACCGCAGGCCUGAGCACAGGCGCCAUUGUGGGCAUCCUCAUUGUCAUCUUCGUCCUGCUCCUGGUGGUCAUGGAUAUCACCUGCUACUUCCUGAACAAGUGUGGCCUGCUCAUGUGCAUCGCUGUUAACCUGUGUGGCAAAGCUGGGCCCGGAGCCAAGGGCAAAGACAUGGAGGAGGGCAAGGCUGCUUUCUCGAAAGAUGAGUCGAAAGAACCCAUUGUGGAGGUCCGAACGGAGGAAGAACGGACUCCAAACCACGAUGGGGGGAAGCACACAGAGCCCAACGAGACCACGCCGCUGACAGAGCCCGAGCUGCCUGCCGACACCACAGCCACUGUCGAGGACAUGCUGCCUUCUGUCACCACCGUCACCACUAACUCUGACACUAUCACCGAAACCUUUGCCACUGCUCAGAACAGCCCUACCAGUGAGACCACUACACUGACCUCCAGUAUUGCCCCACCGGCCACAACUGUGCCAGACUCAAAUUCUGUGCCCGCUGGUCAGGCCACCCCUUCCAAGGGUGUCACUGUUUCAUCCUCGUCCCCAGCCUCAGCCCCCAAAGUUGCUCCUCUAGUUGACCUGAGUGAUACUCCAACUUCAGCUCCCUCUGCUAGCAAUCUGUCCUCCACUGUCUUGGCUAACCAAGGAGCUGUACUCAGUCCUAGCACCCCUGCCAGUGCGGGAGAGACCUCCAAGGCCCCUCUAGCCAGUAAGGCCUCCCCCGCUCCUACCCCCACUCCAGCUGGGGCAGCCAGCCCCUUAGCAGCAGUAGCCGCCCCUGCCACAGAUGCCCCCCAGGCCAAGCAGGAAGCCCCCAGCACCAAAGGUCCGGACCCAGAGCCCACCCAGCCUGGCACGGUGAAGAACCCACCUGAGGCAGCCACAGCCCCUGCUAGCCCGAAGAGCAAGGCUGCAACCACAAACCCUUCCCAGGGCGAGGACUUAAAAAUGGACGAAGGGAACUUCAAGACCCCAGAUAUUGACCUUGCAAAGGAUGUUUUUGCAGCCCUGGGCUCUCCUGCUCCUGCCACUGGGGCCAGUGGACAAGCCUCUGAGCUUGCUCCUUCCACUGCAGACAGCACUGUGCCUCCCGCACCAGCAAAGACCGAGAAGGGCCCUGUAGAAACAAAGUCUGAGCCUCCGGAGUCAGAAGCCAAGCCAGCACCAACUGAAGUCAAGACCGUCCCCAGUGAUGCCACACAAACAAAAGAGAAUGAGAGCAAAGCAUGAUGGGUACCAAGCAACAAGCAAAGAUCAAAAUGAAAAAUGACACAGCGGCUUCACCAGAGCAUCCCCAAAUAAUCUCCCCCCUCUCUCUCACUCACACACACACACACACACACACACACACACACACACACACUCAUUCCUCUAGUGUCUUUUGCCUUUAAAAACAAAACCAACAAAACCAGAUAAACACGGGAAUGCCUUUUUGUAGGGUUCUAGAAAGGGCUCCUGUGUCUUACACUCACUUGUUAAGAAAAAAAGAGACAAAAAGGUUAAACCCACAGCCAAACUAGGACACUCUGUUCCCUGAAACCAUUUAAAAAUCAGACAAAAGGGCCCCAGAUUAGGAAUCUAGGAAGCUCAGAUUGAAGAAAGAAAGAAAGAAAGAAAGAAAGAAAGAAAGAAAGAAAGAAAGAAAGAAAGAAAGAAAGAAAGAAAGAAAGAAAGAAAGAAAGAAAGAAAGAAAAGAAAGAAAGAAAAAUCUAGGCUCGGGGAGGCUGCAAUGGGUAUUACCCAAUUGGCACAGAUCAGUUUCAGAAAAAAAAAAAAAAUGCUUCCAAGAACUUAGACUAAGGAAUGAACCAAGCCCACAGUUUAUUUUUAUACUUUCAGUCAAGUUGGAACUCUGUCGAACCUCACAAAUAAGUUAUACUUUCCGUUCAGUUUGUGUUUGUUCCGUAUGCGGAGUGUGGCACUCUGGCUAGCUGCGUUCAGUUCCCACGGGGACUCCUGUUUCUUAGGAAGCAUGCCAAAUGCCAGCUUAUUCAGUUCUUUCGCUUUUGAUUUUUUUUCUCCACUCUUUCUUUUCUUUCCCUUUCUUCCCCUUUUUUCAAGUUUGCUUUCCAGUGUUUACAAGUUGACAGACUAUGUUUGACUUUGGUUGCGUUUAGUGUCCCUGUAUAAAAUAGCUGCCCCCCCCCCUGUUUUUUCUUUAAGCAACAGGUACCCCAUAGAGGCAGGUAGAAUCCUCCCGGUUGCUUUUAGCAUGGGUGAAGGUUACAAAAGAUGAUUGUUUACAGUGGCUCUAUCCCCUAACCAUCCCCUGCCCUACCCUGAGGAUUCUGACUCAUUACAGUUUUCACCUGUGUCAAACUGGGGCGAAAGCCCCUCCUUCUGAAAUGAUUUUGCCUUUUUUUUUCUGUUAAUUCUGUUGCCGUUUCUUAGGGGGAGAUGGGGGAUGUUAGACCACUUUCGGAUUAGCUGCCACCUGCCUGUGUCUGUGACACUGGACCUGCCGCCCAGGUGUCUGCGCACCCUUCCUCUGAAGGACUCCUUUGGCUUUGUUGAAUGAAGCAGAGAAGAUUGUAUAGUUGGGGCUGGUCUUGGUGAACACACUUUUCUUUUUUUCUUUUUUCUUUUUUCUUUUUUUUUCCUUUUUUUACCCCAGACACCUCCUUUUUGUAGAAAGCCAAAUAAAAUAUAUACAUACCAUUUCCUUUAGAGCCCAGAAUCUAGAUUUGAGCGGAAGAGCGCGUGUGCUUCAGGGAAGUAGUGUCUCCUUUUGGAAAUCUAUGGAAGUCAAGUGACAUCGGCCUUCUGUUCAGUUAGGCAACAUUUGUAAAAACAAAAAACAAAUAUCGUCUGGAGUAAUAAUACAACUCUCCUGGAUCGAAAACCAAGUGGGGGGAAAAUACAGAAACUUUCAGGGGAUGGGAGGGGGGAGAAGGGAAAAGCCAGCCCUUUGUAUAGAAAUUUUGCUUUUGUUUUUUCAUUCUGCUUUAGAACGCAAGCUUGUGCACUGUGGAUGCGUGAAUAUUUUAGUGUGAAACGUGUUUUUGUCAUAGUAUUGAAAUAAAACUUCAACAUAGUUUGGUUGUGGAAGGUAUAGCAGAUAGUUCAGAAAAAAAAAAAACACAAACAACUAUUCAGGAAACAAAACAAAACAAAUCCCAAAAGGAAAAAAAGGAAUCAAAGCCUUUUAAUAGGCAAUAAAACAGAGUGAUGCUGAUGAAGAGGACACUAAGCCAACAGACGUCCCCCAGACAGCACGUGUUCCUUUCCCAAGUACAAAGUGACAAGAGGUUAGGGUGGCCAGACGCACCCUGUGGGCCACAUCCCCCAGGGUUCUGACACUUCUGCAGUGUGACCAGUGGUGUUGCUAGAUUAUAAUUUCAAACUGUGAAAAAUAAUGGUCUCGUCCUUUGCUCAGUGUGGGGUUAUUUUGCAUUUUCUCAGCUCCCGGGGAAUGGGAAUGGAGGAUCGCAGAACACUCAGCCCAGCCCAGCCCAGCCCAGCCCAGCCCCUUUCAUUCCAGGGCCUGCACAGAUCCACAGUUCACGUACACGGGUCCUCAGGAAGAGCUAUGGGGUAGACAACUCUGAGGGCACUUAGCAGAAUGGGAGAGCUGGGUAGCAGCACCCGAGCCAGGUCCUCGCGGUGAGGGGCAGACUCCUCGGGCCACAGCCUGUUCCGGGGAAUCGCUUUCCUAUAUGGUGAAGUCGGCGGCUGGACCGGCUCCGCUGAGGGCACACUGUACCUCCUGGAAACGGUGUACUCCACUGUUUGUGGUUGGAUACACUGAGCUCAACUCUGAUGAUAAGAAGAGACAGAGGUAUGGCCAACUCCAAAAUAAUGUGGCCCAGAGUAGCUGACCCCAGAACACUGGCCACUCAUUUGCUGGAAGCCAAGACCGCCCACACUUUGAUAUGCCUCUCUCUUUAUACAUAUGUUUGUCUCGCCAUGCAUGGGUUUUCCUUUCUUCCUUUUUCUGUUUCUUUUUAUUUUUAAACAGCAGUAGUCUCUCUGAUAUCAAAGAGAGAGACAGUGUAUCCCCCCCAUUCUUUUAUGUGAAGAAAUAAGCAUUUAGUUUUCUGUUGGGUUGGUUUUGGUUUUGGGGGGGGGUUGUUUGUUUGUUUGUUGUUUUAGUUUUUGGAAGGAGGAAUGGACUCCACCAGUGUCAGUGUCGGUGUGUCUUAUGUCUAUGUGGCAUACAUUGUAUCACAUAAAGACCAGCAUGGCCAAGUUCCGUGGGAAGGCUACCCAGGUGCCACCCGUGGGGUCUCCCAGUCCUGAAGGGCCAAGGUGUAUCCAACAGGAUUCUAUGUCCUCAUUUUCUAUGGCACCUCCCAUGUCCCGGGGUCUCACCCUCAGCUGUCCGUCUGGAUGGUGGUGAUCACACCUCCAUUAACAUCCUUACCCAGCAUUCUGUACUUCGGGGGCCUUCUCUCUUGUUAUAAAAACUUUUUACUGAGUGAAACAUCAACACCACCUUUGUUUCCAUUCUCACUGCUGUAAAUACUGAGUACUAACUGAGAAUUUUGACUUUGCAUUCUGUCAGAAUACUUGUGUUCAAUAAAAAUUGAAAGAAAA